CAGGAUGGAAAAAAUGAUUAUUGAAGAUAAUGAAAUUGAAAGAAGCGAUAUACCAAUCACAGAAGAGAGUUUAAUAAGUUUAGAAAAAUUAGAUAGAGCCUCUCCAGAUUUAUGGCCAGAGCAAAGUAUUACAAAAUUUGUUGCACAAAAUUCACCACAAAUGGAGAUUCCAGUCUGGUCAACUAAUUUAACGACCGAUGAUAUGAAUCAGUUAUAUCAAUUAGGACAUUUGUCAAUGAACGAAUUAAUAACAGAAGUAAAGAAGCUACACGAUACAGCUUAUCAACUUGGGCUUGAAGAGGCAAAGGAAAUGACAAGAGGAAAGUACUUAAAUAUAUUUAAGCAAAAAUAGAUAAUAAAAAUUAUGGUAAUAAAAUUGUAUU